AGUCCUGAGGGUUGGGAGCCCCCAUCCUGCGUCUCUGUCUCCCCCUCCUGUCGUCAGUAACAGCCUGCGUUUCCCGUUCCCAUUAUUUUCCACUCAUUCCUCGCAGUUUAAAAUGGCGGCGUUGAGCAGCGCCGAGACCCAACCGCCCGUCUUUAACGGAGACACCGCGGAGCGGGAGCCGGGCCGGGAGCAGGGCCUGGAGGAGUUGGGUCCGCAGGAUGAGGAGAUAUGGAAUAUAAAACAGAUGAUAAAGUUGACACAAGAACAUUUAGAGGCCCUUCUGGAUAAGUUUGGAGGAGAGCACAACCCUCCUUCCAUAUAUUUAGAGGCAUAUGAGGAGUACACAAGUAAACUGGACGCCCUGCAGCAGAGGGAGCAACAGCUGCUAGAGGCCAUGGGCAACGGCACAGACUUCUCCUGCUCCCCUUCUCCCAUGCCAGCCCUUCUGGAGGUCAUGAGCGGAGGUUGUGGGGUUGCUGGGGGGGCUCAGGCCUUUCCCUCAGCCCCCAAUACCUUGGCUGUCCUGCAGACCCCUACAGACGCUGGUCGAGCCAACCCUCGCUCCCCCCAGAAGCCCAUCGUUAGGGUCUUCCUGCCCAACAAACAGAGAACUGUGGUCCCAGCUCGCUGUGGGAUGACUGUGAGAGACUCACUGAAGAAAGCUCUGAUGAUGCGAGGCCUAAUUCCAGAAUGCUGUGCAGUCUACAGGAUACAGGACGAAGAGAAGAAACCAAUUGGCUGGGACACAGACAUCUCCUGGCUCACAGGAGAGGAGUUACAUGUAGAAGUCCUGGAAAAUGUUCCGCUCACCACACACAACUUUGUAAGGAAGACCUUCUUCACACUGGCCUUUUGUGACUUCUGCAGAAAGCUGCUCUUCCAGGGUUUCCGCUGUCAGACCUGUGGCUACAAGUUCCACCAGCGUUGCAGCACAGAGGUUCCCCUGAUGUGUGUCAACUAUGACCAACUAGACUUGUUGUUGGUGUCCAAAUUCUUCGAGCAUCACCCGUUUACCCAGGAGGAGGUCUCCUCAGAGGGAACGACCCCUGUGUCAGAUGCCUGUCCAUCACUACCCCCAUCAGAUUCCACCGGUUCUAUGUGCCAUACCACUUUGUCCCCGUCCAAGUCCAUACCCAUCCCGCCCAGCUUCCGGCCAAAUGACGAGGACCACCGCAACCAAUUUGGCCAGCGGGACCGCUCGUCCUCAGCCCCCAACGUCCAUAUCAAUACCAUUGAGCCUGUCAACAUUGAUGACCUGAUUCGAGAUCAAGGAUUGCCACGGUCAGAUGGAGCCCCCCCGACCCACCCCGCCCGCUGCUUGAGGAAGCACCGAACACGGACCUCAAGCCCCCUCCUAUACUCCUACCCCAAUGACAUAGUGUUUGAUUUUGAGCCUGAGCCUGUUUUCCGAGGUUCCACCGCCGGGCUCUCCGCGACGCCUCCCGCCUCUUUACCUGGCUCUUUGACCAAUGUCAAGGUUCCACAGAAGUCCCCAUGCCAACAGAGGGAGCGCAAGUCAUCGUCCUCGUCCGAGGACCGCAAUAAGAUGAAAACCUUGGGGAGAAGGGACUCCAGUGAUGACUGGGAAAUCCCCGAGGGUCAGAUCACUCUUGGUCAGAGAAUAGGCUCUGGAUCAUUUGGAACGGUCUUCAAGGGGAAAUGGCACGGUGAUGUGGCAGUGAAGAUGUUGAACGUAACUGCUCCCACACCACAACAGCUUCAGGCCUUUAAGAAUGAAGUGGGUGUCCUCAGGAAAACGCGUCACGUUAACAUCCUUCUGUUCAUGGGCUACACCACUAAACCUCAGCUGGCCAUUGUGACCCAGUGGUGCGAAGGCUCCAGUUUGUACCACCACUUGCACAUCAUCGAGACCAAGUUUGAAAUGAUCAAGCUGAUUGACAUCGCCCGGCAGACAGCUCAGGGCAUGGAUUACUUGCAUGCCAAAUCAAUCAUCCACAGAGAUCUGAAGAGCAACAAUAUCUUCCUCCACGAGGAUCUGACGGUGAAGAUUGGUGACUUUGGUCUAGCUACAGUCAAGUCCCGCUGGAGUGGCUCCCACCAGUUUGAACAGCUGUCUGGCUCUAUACUAUGGAUGGCCCCAGAGGUGAUACGACUGCAGGACAAAAACCCCUACAGCUUUCAGUCAGACGUCUACGCAUUCGGCAUUGUGCUGUACGAGCUAAUGUCAGGAGCCCUGCCCUACUCCAACAUCAACAACAGAGACCAGAUCAUAUUUAUGGUUGGUCGAGGUUACCUGUCUCCCGACCUCAGCAAGGUGCGCAGCAACUGUCCAAAAGCCAUGAAGAGGCUGAUGGCCGACUGCCUGAAGAAGAAAAGAGAGGAAAGACCCCUCUUCCCUCAGAUCUUGGCGUCCAUUGAGCUGCUUGCACGCUCAUUACCCAAAAUCCACCGCAGCGCCUCAGAGCCUUCGCUAAACCGAGCCGGCUUUCAGACGGAGGACUUCAGCUUAUACGCCUGCGCGUCGCCCAAAACCCCCAUCCAAGCCGGCUGCUAUGGUGAGCUCAUGCACAUUACAACAAUCUCAACAGUAGGUGUGAUUAAUUAGUACUGUAAACUAGUCCGCUGAAGAAGGAAAUUGGAAGUUCUUUUGAUUCUAGAUUGUUUUUACUCAAAAUACAAAUGUUAAUAAGUAAUUGGACACAAACUCCUUCAAAGAAACUUUGAUUAAAACAUGGGUUAUGCUGAGGUAUUGGUUAUAUAGACUAUUUCUUGUACCGUUGAGUAGUACUACACUGAUUAAAUGCAAAAAGACCUGAUCUUAAUUCAUUAUUACAUUUUGUACAUUUAAUGAAGGUAUAAAGGAAGUCUUUAUUUACAGGCCGUCUGCUCUUGUAUUCAGGCAGAUUCAGUGUAUUUGGAGCUCGUACUACUUUUUUAUGAUCGUGAUACUAGCUACAGAGAGGUUGGGAAGGUAUUUCUAAAAAUAAAUCAAUGUUAAAAAACUGUGCCGUUAACAUACGCAUAGCACAUUAGCACAAGAUAAACUAGCUUUAGCAUGUUUAUGCCAUGUUAGUUACUGAAUGUAUACUGGAAAUACUAGGCUAAAAAAACAUCUAAAUCACAGCCCAGGUUGUGGACAGUCAUUGGAUCCAAGUAGCAUGACGUUGUUAAGAGCGCCAGCUCCCUUAGUCACUCAGAAGCCAGAACGCGUUCAGCGUAAAAUAAGGAUUAGAGCGAGGGACGAUGCUCGUCUCUGCUACUCCGUUCUGAAAUUCCCCCACAUAAACCUAUAACCCAGUCUGAAAACCGGCAGAAUUGCAGGUUUUUAUAAAGAAUUCCUCUUCUCUAGAGUAAUCGUGUUGCUCCUUAAAGAAAUGUGUCCACACUUGGAUCUCCAGAUGAUGCGGUUGAACUUUCACACUGAUCUUUAUCUUCUAUCUUUAUCUAAGUUGUUUUCCCGCAGGUCAUUUUGUAGACCCUCUUGUCUGUCCCAGGCUACAUCAACACUAAUAUGUAUCCAUUUAAAACAAAACCGUCAACACAGGCCUUUUCAGCAUUGUUUUCAAAAUUAUUUUCAUUCAUACUAGUAAUGCCUCAAAUCGAAUAUCGCAUGUUCAUGUACACUCUGCAUGCGGAUGGUGGUGUAAACAGGAUUUCGAUUUGUUAUAAGAUAAAAUAUGUGAGUAAUAUAAUAGUUUAAUAAUGGAAGAUUAUGCUUUACUCCAGAUCUUCCUCUUAAAUCUUCCUCAAUAAACCCAAACCGAAAAAAAAAAGUCAGACUUUGCAGGUCUGUCUCUUAUUCUCACACGCAUCAGAUUUACCUUAAAAUGAAAAGUUACACAUAAGAACUGACUGGAUUGUGGGUCAUUAAUGCGGUCAUGACGCGUCUCAUUCAUUUCCUCUUGGUUUAGUUGUUGCCUGUUCUUAACCUCGUAGCUCUGCUGGUGGCAGAUUUUAACUGUACAAUAGCUGCUAGUAAGGAUAACAAGGUUAGUAACACCCAUACUCACUUAAAUUACCUAUAAUGUUAAAUUAAAUGAACCACUGUGGUAGUUGCUUGAUAAUCAAGACUGUUGUUUUGUGAUCUACCGGGAAUGGGUCCGAUGGUAGGGUGAAUGCCAAUGAGGGAAGGGUGCGUUGUGACUGCAAAGAUCCAGUGAAGUAUCAACGGGGGUGUCUAUGUCAUCCUUUCCAAACGUAUGCGUUUACCAAAGUCCACACUAAGUGGUAGAUUUACCCGUCUUUCACAGUGUUUUUAAACUUAUCUUUUAUUCAGAGCUCUAAAACUCAACAAAAUAUAUGCGUUUUUAAAUGGAAAUGUAGUUUAGUUUUGUAGUGUCGACGCCUAAGAAAGCUGUUAUGCACAGCUAUCAAUUAACACUAGGCCGUGUUUCCAUGGAGAACCAUCAAUCGUAAUGAUGCUUAUAGAAAAAUAAUUGACAUUCCUGUGGCAACACACUAAUCUUCUCUGUCUCUUUUUAGGGGAGUUUUCGGCAUUUAAGUAAGUGUUGCAGAUCCCAAAAGUCCAUCUCUCUUCGUCACUUCUGAAAAGUCUCAUGCCCAUGCCGUGGAUUCAUCCAUUACUGAAAAAAAUAUCUUAUUUCAACCUGAAGAAGGAAGCCUCACUGGUUCCUUACAACAAAAGCUGUCCACCAGGCAAAAAUCAAAAGACACAACUCAUUACAAAAAGAAAAAAAACACAAUCAAAAAAUUGGAAAAAAACAAGACACACAGCUAUCCGUACCUAAAUGGUUUUGAAGAGGUGACGUCAAACAGAUGGACUUACCUGCUGGGGGAAAAGACGAAAGCAAGGAGAGAUGGAGGCAAAUCAUCAAGAUGUGGAAGUCUAGAGUGCUCCUGGUGCCAUCAUUUCCUUUGCAGGUAAGGUGUUUGUCAGCAAGGUGCUGGACUGCUCUUUGAGGGACUGCAGAAACGGGCUUGUGGGAGGAGUAAGGGCCUGCUGUCCGCCUAUCGAAAUAAAAGGCCACGUGUAAGACCGGCGUUAACCAAUCCCCAGGAUGUGCUCCAAGUAACUCAACAGGGUUUCCCCUAAUGGAAGACUGACUAGAAAGAUAGAUCUGUUUUUAUUUUCUAUUUUUUUUCCGAUUUUUAGAAUGCUGACCGUUUUUUCUGUCUAUAUGAGAAGAAAGCUUUUUUUCCGGUCACGCACAUAAUGAACCCAUACCGUUAAGUAAUGAAAUUCCGGGAAAUACCUUUUACCUAAAACGGUAACAGCUGUUUAUCUACUGACAAAAAUAGAAGCCUUUAUUUGGAAGGAAAAAUGCUAAUUUGUGGGGUAAUAAAAGAUUUACGAAAGGGAUGUCUCAUUAAAAAAAGCCUGGUCUAACCAACCAAAUGAUAUGCUUUUUAUUAGACCGCGCUAGCGGUGUUCAAAAGAGGCGCUUUACCUUUUCAUGUUAAUGCGAAAGGAACAGUGUUCUGUUAUGUUCUACUAGAAGCUGUUUAUGGGGGGAGGAGGAUUUAUUUUGUUUAAAGAGCCUGGUCAAAGCCAAGCUAAUAGUCUGCCUUUACACUGACUUGGAGUGUACAGUCACUUGUGACACAGCAUCUUUACAGCAAAGCUUUUUAUUUUUAUUUUUAUUUUUUUUAUAUCCACUAAACCCAACCUCAGACUUUUAUAUAUUUUUUUUCUUUUGUUUUUUUUCACGUGGCUUUAAUAUUGCACUCAACCUACCGAUAGGGACAUCACGCAGCUGCUGACAGAUGGUAUUCAGUGUUGCCUGCCGAAAGGAACAGUGAUCCUCCGGAGAGAUCUGUUGGUAACAAAAAGUUUGAAAAUGUUAUUUCAAUCGCACCAUUUACGUUAUCUACACACAUGCACCAAUACCUUAUUUAAUUUCAGUGUGUUGACUGUUUCAGGUGUUAUUACAGGUUGUUUUUAUUUGUUUCAUCAGUGUUUGCCUUUUUCUGUACAGGCAGGCCUGCAGAUAUUUACUCAUUUACGAUUCUUUUUUGUUUUGGUCUUUUGAUGCUUGUUUACCCUUUGUGACAUGUGCACUUGCACUUGGAUGGAUUGAAGCAAAUGAGCAACUUGCCUUUUUUUAUUAAAGAAUAAAUUGUGACGUCCAGAGCUGAUGACCCAAAACAAAAUUUCCAAUGCAUGAGCCAUCAGCAGGGGAUGAGCUGAAUAUUUUCCCGCGAACUCUGUUCUUCUUUAACGAGUGUCUUUGAUAAAGUUGAGUAUUUCGUAUGUCCGUACCUGCACUGGUGAAGUCUGAUGAAGGCAUAUUGAUUUGGAACACUUGCACAUCUAGCCAAACACCAUCAGACUGGUUCAUCUCAUUAUGAAUUUUUUGUCUUUCCAUCAUUAACCAGCCCCAGCGCAGUGUCCUCACAAAUGUUGUUGCCUCUCAUCUUUGUGCCUACAGGACAGAGAUAGGGCCGUGGGAAGUUUAGCGUAGCAUAACCAAGAGUGGCAGCAUGGGGGCAGGGGAGACUCGUACAACACUAGUCAUUUGUCAAAACAUGUUUCACAAUAAACAUGUCCACAAUAAAAACUUGGCAGUGUUAGCAGCAAUUAACUAUGUGGGUUUGAAUAUGCUAAAUAGUGACAAACAGGAUUUAAUCUAAAGAAGGGACUUGUUUUUGUUAAAUUUCUUUCUUUCUUUUUUUUCAUAUUUUUCUUCCAUAUCUAAGGAAUGGCUAAACAAACUGAAUCACCAUGUAUUGUAUUUUUAACAUUCUGGCCGGCACCCAGAACUCCUAAGAUAUUACUUCAUAUUUGUACAGACUGAAGGUGAAUUUAUGUUUAUCCAUGUAUUUAAUUACGUCAGUGAAGUAAUUUACAUUAUUUUGUGUUGGAGAGGCUACAAUGUUAGCUUAGCCCUAGUUGAGCCAAACUCUAUUCAGAAAAUAAGCAUUUUAAAAGUUGUUUGCUUGUUGUCUUGCGGAUAAACCUGACGAGACAUGAAUUCAAGGUCUCAGACUUUACAAAUUGGCAUGGUGAUACAGUGAUUUUGGCAUCUUUUUGAUCCGUUUAUUGUAAUCACAUUACAGCUAAACCUCUAUUGUGGGUGCAUGCAGCUGUAGUAAACCACAUACAUUUAGCCAAUCAGAAAGGUUGGUGUCAAAGAUGCACUAAUUUUGAACUGUAACUGGUGUAUCUCAUAAGGUGAAAGUUUGCUCUGCAAUUGGUUCGAAUUUGCAUUUGGUUUGGACACCGCAUAAAGGAAUUAUUCCAUUACCCAGGUUCUUGUUGUUUCAGAAGUAAUGUUCACAUGGAGCUUUGUUUUCUUCCAACAUGUGCCGGUCUAAGCAGCACAUGCCUUCAUGUUUGUCCAUUGCACUGCAGACACUUGUUAAGCACAAACCGGUGUUUUGGGGGUUUUGGAGUGCACUCUCCAAGAAACACCUUGUAGUGGCCUGGUUUCACCCAUAGAUUCUAAGGGCUUCUAACCCAUACUUGACUUUCACUGGUAUGCAGGUAAAGGUUAGACUGAUCUAUAGAGACGAUGUAGGCCUUUUUUACAAUAUUGCAUAUCCCUCAGUCAUGCAACGCUUCAGAUUUUUCAGAGCUCCCCUCUGAGAAACCUGAGCUGACAUGAUGUGGGUCUUUUCAGCAGACGAUUGCCCCCUCAAAGAUAUGAGCUUGUAAAUGAGACUUUGAAUCACUCAAGAUAUAAGUAUCAGUAACUUUUUGGAGAUACUCCAAAAAAUAGCAACAACACUGGUACCUUAAGAAAAAUGAGGAAAAAACUGAAUUCUUGACUUUUAUCAUUGACUUCUACAGAUUGUUUUGACUAGAUUUUGUUACAAUUCAAAUUUGACUUCUUAGUUGUCUUUUUCAACAGAAUUCCGAUUCAAGGCUAGUAUCAUACCUAGAUUUCUUUCUUUUUAGAUGAAGUCAAAGCAGCUUUAGUCAGUGAGUUUGCAAGGAUUUCUUGUACAUUUCUGUAUUUGCUUAAAUGUUGAAAUGUUCAUUCUCAACCUUGUGGUUGGUUAAUGAUACAAGCUCAACUCAAGGUUAACUUAUUUGCUUGUUUUAGAGCUUUUGAUCUUGGUAACUACCAGGUUUUUCCCAGGGCAACAUUGAACCAUUGUACCGACCUAUAUACCGGAUUAUACCCGUCAUAGGACCGUUAGGAGUAAACACUAAGGCUUUGCUCGCCAUACACAUCCUCUAUCUUCUCUUCAUACAAAACCUUUUUUUUUCUCUCCUUGAACAUGCACCUCCUCCCAUCAUGUUUUUUUUUUCAAUUGAGAACUUUAAUGAAAAACUUCAUGGACAACUGUUGUGAUGACUGGUGUUUGUUUGUUUUUUCACCUGUAAAUACUUGUACAAAGAGGACAAUGUCAGUUUGCUAGGAGGCAUGGAGACUACAAAUGUAACAAAAUAUAAAAUGUUCAAAAUAAAGAUAUGGAAGGUUAAAAUACUUUUUGAUAGCCAAACUUCUGUGAAAAAAAAAACAGUUGAGUGUAAAAAUAUUUAAGGCUGUAUUAUAAGGAGAAAGAGCUUAAUGUAUUUGUUGUUAAUAUGAAAAACUGAUAUAUUAAAGAAAAAUGCAUGAAAACAGUA